AAUGUAAAAGAAGAUUGCAAAGCCAUGGCUUUCUGUGCAAAGAUGAGGAGCACAAAGAAGAGUGAAGUAAACCUGGAAGCUCAGCAUCAGGGUUUAGAAAUCCUCUUCUACCUGCAAGACAAAGCCCCAAUUUACUACAGCAGUGGCAAGUUCACCUCAGAGGAGCUGUGCAUCGAAGCUGCCAAGAAGUGCUCUGUGUCUCCUCUGUGCCAUAACCUCUUUGCACUGUAUGACGAGAACAAAAGGCUCUGGUAUGCACCAAACCAGGUGUUUAAGAUAGAUGAAAAAACAUCCUACAGGCUCCAUUAUCGCAUGAGAUUCUACUUCACCAACUGGCAUGGCACCAGUGAGAACGAGCCCUCGGUGUGGAGACACUCCCCGAGGAAGGCUAAGGGCGCCUACGAGAAGAAACUGGCACCAGAAGGAACUCCUAUCCUCGAUGCAAACUCCCUGGAAUACAUCUUUGCCCAGGGUCAGAAUGACUUGGUGAAAGGCCUGGCCCCAAUCCGUGACCCUAAAAAUGAUCAGGAGGUCCAUGAGAUUGAAAAUGAGUGUCUGGGCAUGGCUGUCCUGGCAAUCUCUCACUAUGCCAUCAAUAAGAAUGUGAAGCUUCCAGAGCUUCCCAAGGAUAUCAGUUACAAGCAUUAUAUUCCUGAGACUUUGAACAAGACCAUCAGACAGAGGAAUUUCUUAACCAGGAUUCGAAUAAACAAUGUUUUCAAGCAUUUCCUUAAGGAGUUCAACAACAAAACCAUUUGUGACAGUAGUGUGUCUCCACGGGAUCUGAAAGUUAAGUAUUUAUCCACAAUGGAGACCUUGACUAAAUAUUAUGGAGCAGAAAUUUUUGAGACUUCAUUUUUGCUGAUUUCAUCUGAGAAUGAAGUAAACAGAUUUAAUUGUGGAGACAAUGAGAAAUAUGAGGUUAUUGUCACAGGAAACAAUGGGAUUCAGUGGAGGCUCAAGCCAAAUUCUGUACAGACAGAGAAAGAGAAGAAGAAAAAAUCUGAUGGCAAAGCCAAAAAGGAUGAAGAAAAACACAAACCUCGAGAGAUGUGGAACAAUUUUUCCUAUUUCCCUGAAAUCACCCACAUUGUCAUUAAGGAGUCUACAGUUAGCAUCAACAAGCAGGAUAACAAGAGGAUGGAAUUGAAGCUGUCCUCACACGAUGAGGCCCUGUCCUUCACCUCGCUGAUCGAUGGCUACUUCAGGCUCACAGCAGAUGCUCACCACUACCUGUGCACUGAUGUGGCUCCUCCACUCAUCGAGCACAACAUCAAAAACGGCUGCCAUGGGCCCAUCUGCACGGAAUAUGCCAUCAACAAGCUGCGCCAGGAAGGGAAUGAAGUAGGGAUGUAUGUGCUGAGGUGGAGCUGCACAAACUUCAACCACAUCCUCAUGACAGUGACUUGUUUGGAAGGCUCAGAGGUACUCAAUAACUCAGUCAAGUACAAGAACUUCCAGAUUGAAGUGAAGAAAGAUGAAUACUCUCUGCAUGGCUCAAACAAGUCUUUUGCAUCCUUGAAAGAGCUGAUGGAUCACCUGAAAGGACAAAUCCUUCGGACAGACAACAUCAGCUUCACACUGAAGAGGUGCUGCCAACCCAAACCAAGAGAAAUCUCCAACUUGCUGGUUGCAACCAAGAAGGCCCAGGAAUGGCAGCCUGUGUAUCCCCUGGGGCAGCUGAGCUUCCAUCGGAUCCGCAAGGAAGAGAUCAUCCAGGGUGAACAUCUUGGAAGAGGCACAAGGACACAGAUUUACUCAGGGAUCCUCAACCUCAAAGAUGAUGAGAAUGAAGGCUAUCAGAAUGAAAAAGACAUUAAAGUCCUCCUUAAAGUCCUGGACCCCAGCCACAGAGACAUUUCUUUGGCCUUCUUUGAGACAGCCAGCAUGAUGAGGCAGGUGUCCCACAAGCACAUCGUCCUCCUGCACGGCGUCUGCGUCCGCGACGUGGAGAAUAUCAUGGUUGAAGAGUUUGUUGAGUUUGGGCCUCUGGAUCUGUUCAUGCAUCGGAAAAGUGAAGUCCUGACAACUCCUUGGAAAUUCAAAGUGGCCAAACAACUUGCAAGUGCCCUGAGCUACCUGGAGGACAAGGAUUUGGUCCAUGGAAAUGUGUGUACUAAAAACAUCCUGCUGGCAAGAGAGGGCAUUGACACUGAAUAUGGACCUUUCAUCAAGCUGAGUGACCCUGGAAUACCCAUCACAGUGCUGUCCAGGCAAGAAUGUGUUGAGCGAAUCCCCUGGAUUGCACCUGAGUGUGUGGAAGACUCCAAAAAUCUGAGCAUUGCAGCAGAUAAAUGGAGUUUUGGCACAACCCUGUGGGAAAUCUGCUACAAUGGAGAAAUUCCACUGAAAGACAAGACGUUAGCAGAGAAGGAGAGGUUCUACGAGGGACACUUUGUGCUGGCCACGCCAUCCUGCAAGGAACUGGCUGACCUGAUGAAGCAGUGCAUGAACUAUGACCCCCAUCAGAGGCCUUUCUUCAGGGCCAUCAUGAGGGACAUCAACAAACUGGAGGAGCAAAAUCCUGAUAUAGUCUCAGAGAAGAAGCCUGUUACUGAGGUGGAUCCCACUCUCUUUGAGAAGAGGUUCUUGAAGAGGAUCCGUGAUUUGGGAGAGGGCCAUUUUGGCAAGGUUGAACUCUGCAGAUAUGACCCAGAAGGUGACAACACAGGGGAGCAAGUGGCAGUGAAAUCCCUAAAGCCAGAGAGUGGAGGGAAUCACAUCACUGAGCUCAAGAAGGAAAUAGAAAUCCUGAGGAAUCUUUACCAUGAGAACAUUGUCAAGUACAAGGGGAUUUGCACAGAGGAUGGUGGAAGUGGGAUUAAACUUAUCAUGGAAUUCCUUCCCUCUGGGAGCCUCAAGGAGUAUCUCCCACGGAACAAGAACAAAAUCAAUCUGAAGCAGCUGCUCAGAUAUGCAGUUCAGAUCUGCAAGGGAAUGGACUACUUGGGCUCCUGUCAGUAUGUGCACCGUGACUUGGCAGCCAGGAAUGUCCUUGUGGAGAGUGAGAACAGAGUGAAGAUUGGAGACUUUGGGCUUACCAAAGCCAUUGAGACCGACAAGGAGUACUACACGGUGAAGGACGACCGCGACAGCCCCGUGUUCUGGUAUGCCCCAGAGUGUUUGCUGCAGAGCAAGUUCUACAUUGCCUCAGAUGUCUGGUCCUUUGGGGUGACACUGUACGAACUCCUCACCUACUGUGACUCUGAGUCCAGUCCCAUGGCAGAGUUCCUGAAGAUGAUUGGCCCCACGCAGGGCCAGAUGACAGUGGCACGGCUGGUGCGUGUCCUGCAGGAUGACAAGCGCUUGCCAAGGCCUCCCACCUGCCCCGAGGAGGUGGACCAGCUGAUGAGGAAGUGUUGGAUAUACAAACACGAUGAACGCACAACCUUCCACAACCUGAUCCAAGGAUUUGAAACAAUUAUGAGUAAAAUGUAAUGGAUGAUUUUGGUUUUAUACUGUCAGUACUUUCAAUGUGCAGCAAACUAUAUACAUGCCCCAAGGCUCUUCUUUUUUUUUUAACUACUGUAAUUUG